AUAAAUAUCAGCCUCCCCUCCAGUGCUCAGCAGGCCUCAGAGCUAGUCUCCCCAUCGACCUGAGAAAGGAGAAGGAAUCUCAGCCUGACAGCAGCAAUGAAACUCGUCACAAGCCUCUUUCUCCUCUCCCUGGUCCUGUGUGUCAAUAGCCAGGGUUGGUUUCAAGAGUCUCUGGACUUCCUGGAUCAGGCUCGUCAAGGUGCUGGGGACAUGUGGAGGGCCUACUGGGACAUGCGUGAAGCCAACUUUAAAAAUUCAGACAAAUACUUCCAUGCUCGUGGGAACUAUGAUGCUGCCCAGAGAGGACCUGGGGGGGUCUGGAUUGCUGAAGUCAUCAGUGAUGCCCGGGAGUUCGCACAGGGAGGCAGCUUUGGCUGGAAUGCAGAAGAUUCCACGGCAGACCAGGAAGCCAACAGAUGGGGCCGAAGUGGCAAAGAUCCCAAUCACUUCAGACCAGCAGGCCUGGAUCCCAAAUAUUAAGCUGGCUUCUCCCUUUUGUUCCCUUCUCCAUGUAUAUUGUGAGAUCCCCCUGGAGUCAAGAGUCUCCUGGACACACAGAACUGUACCUGCUGCCACAUAGACAUUCAAUAAACAGCAGUUCUGACCAAU